ACGGGGGACUGUGUAACAUGAGUCGGGAUGAAAACUGUGCGCUGGAUCCGGCUGCCAGUGUAGAUGCUGUUCGCCAAAGAGAGAGAGAGGAGGUGCAUGAUGGAUCCCGUCCCACUGCUGCUCAUCAUGGUCACAUCUUUACCAUUUUGCCCGGCAGUCUACACCGGGCCCCUCCAACCGGAGAUCUCCAAUGGCACUUUCCAUCACUUCUUUGUUCCGGACGGGGAUUACGAGGAGACUGAAGACCCGGAGGAUUGUCAGAUGCUGUUUAAAUUCUCGGAUGUGUAUCCAUGCGGGGCCUCUGAAGAGAGGGACUCCGUGGUGCGGGACGACUUCAUCAUCACCAAGCUGCAGGCGGAGGACGCGGCGCGGCUGCUGGAGGGCAUCGGCCGGACUGUGGCGCACGACCUGGACGGGGAGGACAGCUACGGCAAGUUCCUCCAGCGGGAGAUCUCCCAGAUCGGCGAGGCUUUUUCCAACGUGGACAAGUCUCUGCUGGAGCUGGAGGUGAAGUUUAAACAAAGUCAGGAGACUGAGCUGAGAGAGGAGCAACAGCUGAACGGCUAUGUAAUGAAGCAAGUGAGUGACAUCAGGGGCGCUCUGAGGGGAACUACGGACAUCUCUGCGGGACUCAAAGAUAAACAAGAGCUGCUGUCUCUCAUCAUCCGCAGUCAUGGUACCAGACUGAGCCGCCUGAAGACAGAGUAUCUUCAUGUUGGCUCAUAGUGGGGUUAUUGCAGCUUAUAGUGUGUGUGAGUGUGUAUUUGUGUGUGUGUGUGUGUGUGUGUGUGUGUGUGUGUGUGUGUCUGAGAGAGAGAGGACCCUCCAUUUCAACAAAGAACUGGAAAGUUUAUAGUGGCUUAUGAAUAUUAGUAUCUUGAAUAUCUCUGACACUUGGUUAUCCCACAUGUGUCAUUAAAGGGAGCUCUAACAAAAACAUCAGCACAUUCCUCUGAGUCAGGAGGGAAAAUGGAAAUGUGAACAAAAAUUAUGUCUGCAUGGGCCCCUCUGUGCCACCUCUGAAGAGGAGUUUAAGAAUAUGAAUAUAAAAGGCCUCCAAGUGGAUUUGUCGGCCUCUGAAUCAAUAAAAUAGCUGUGUGUGUUUUUGUCUUUAUGGUUUAAAUUAUGUUGUUUAUACAAUUUUAGGUUAUUACUCAAGCACAAUAAAUGCUUAAUAUCCAUCACAUAUCUUAAUUUUCCCUUUUACUUUUAAGCAAGACAACAUAUGUUUCAAUGUCUUUAACAAUGAAAUCAAGAAUUUUGUUUUUCAUGUCAUAUUUAUGAAGUUUUCUACUGCAUACCUUACUAAUGAGACAUACAAUGCCAUACAGUGGAGUAUUGUAAAAAACAUCUCCAUCCUUUGAAGCUUGAGGUUUACAUAAACAGUGAAAACCUUUGAAAUCUGAACUUUUGAUUUUCCGCAACGGAAAGUGACCCUCCUCCCCUGUCAUGUCUUUACGUCACCAUGUUUGCUGUUGGCACUACAAGUGGCAGACUUGACUGUCCCGUCAAGUGGCCCUGGUUAAUUGGCGUCUGAAGUCUGUCACCGCCUCCCACUUCCAUCUGGAAGUCAUCUACUCAAGUAUGAAAUAUGUUUGUCCGAACUGGCCACUGUCGUCAUUAUCUACUCUUUUGUCUGUCAUGAUCUAUAAAAUUGGUGGUUGAUAUAAAAUGUUUUUGUGUUGAAAUUCUGUGUUGUUUUGGAUGAUGCCAUUUUACUAAAAAUAGACUUAUAAAUGACAUACAGCUUGUUUAAAUCUUGGAAAAAAAAAUACACUUUUGCUCUUCUGCUGUGUCGACAUACAACAUCUUAUUUCAGACACACUGUUUAUGGGAGGAGGGUCACACACACAAACUAAUCUACUGUCGGGCUGUUUUCAUUUGCAGUUCCUUGAAUUCAAUAUUCUGAAUGCCUUUUGUAGCAAUCUGUGUCUUUUCUGUCUUUAACUACCAUUUAAAAUGCUCUUGUUCCAGCCAGCAUCUGCACCAACCACAAAGUAACUGCCAUAAGCGUGGCCACUUUUUACAGAGAUAAUGUCUCUGCAGAUGUGAGGGAGCCAGAUUGGCUGCUUUGGGCGCAACUGGGUGUGAUUUCCUCUGUCUGGUUUUCCUCACAGUCCAGCUUCCCCAGAGGGACCCCUUUUUAAAAACAGCUCUCUGUAGCUGGAGCUCCAUGUGCAGAGUAAUCCUAUAUGCCUGUAUGGCUCUUAAUUUCCAGGGGCACUGCACAGGGCUCACAGGAUUUGAUUAAAAGAUUUGGUUAAAAUUUCCACUGUGUAAGUAAAGGUAGAGCAGGUCACAAAAGCGCUCAUAAGAAACUAACCAUCUUACUUAAUUUGUCUUUUUUGGCUCAAAACAUUAAUUCCACCUAUAGAAAAAUAUUAUUUCUGUAGACUGGUUUCAAGUCCCUGAUGCUUAGAAGAAGGAAGGCCAGAGUGUCGAGCACACUGUUAGAAGAAUGUAAUCUCCUCACUGACAUAUUUUAAGGACAAACAAAGGAAGGUCAGGAAUGCAGACCAGAGUUGACCUGAGAACACACUGAUCCGUCUCUGUGCAGAGCACAAAGCCCCCAAACCACAUGCCUCUGUGGUGUUAUUAUUAGAAAGAUGAGACCUAUCUUAAUACUACAACUGCUACUAGUCCUACCAUUAUUAUCACUGCAAUGAAUACUCCUGUAUGUUACAGCUACUACUAUAGUAUUACCAUCUUACCACUAAAUGUUUUAUGUAGGACUCCUUGUUUGAAGACAAAGACAGGAGCUGGUCAUUGCUCACACUUGAAUGAGAAGAGAAUGAUUUUGACAAAAUAAUUUAAUAACUCAAGGUCCACUUACUAGCUUUUUCAGUCGAGGUUUUUAACCUCAUCUCAUGGUCCUCAUCAGCAGGUCAACACAUGGCAACUGAGCUUUUUCAGGAACUUUCAAAAGCAUCUCAGUGUACCAACUCCAUGACAACUGAGAAAACUCCCAUUGAGCAAAGUCUAUUCUCUGAUGAAGACCAUGAGAUGUGGUUGAAAGCUCUUGAAAAAGCUAGCAAGUGGACCUUGAGUUAAGAUUAUUUUGUCAAGCUGCUCUUUCGAAUGUUAAGAACGAACUUUCAUGCUCAAGUGUAGAAUGAAUUGACAUCUUUAACAAAUCAAUGUAACAAAACAAGAUACUAGCUGCAGUUUAAUAUUUACUCAGACACAGUGGUGGAAGAAGUACUCAGAUCUUUAAAUUAAGAAAAAGUAGCAAUGCCACGGUGUAGAAAUACUCUGUUACAAGUAAAAAACCCUGCAUUCACAUUUUUACUUAAGUAAAAGCACAAAGUAUUAGCAUCAAAAUGUACUCAAAGUACCAAAAGUAAGUACUCAUUAUGCUGAAUGGCCCAUUUCAGAAUCAUAUAUAUUAUGUCACUGCAUUAUAACUAUGGAUGUAAUAAUGUGCAAGCAUCACUUUAAUGCUGCAUCUGGUAAGGGUGGAGCUAAUUUCAACUACUUUGUAUACUGCCGGGUAGCUUAAUCUAUAAUAAUGCAUCAUCAUUUAUUAGUUUAUCAUAUUUUGUAUUCAGAAUUUGAAUUGGUAAAGAGUAACAAAGGUUAGUGGAUUAGAAGUAUAAAGUAGCAGAAAAUGGAAUUACUCAAGUACCUUGAAUCUGUACUUAAGUAUAAUACUUAAGUAAAUGUACUUAGUUACUUUCCAGAGAGAGGCUCAGACAUUGCAUUCAUGUUCACUUUUGAAGCACUGGCCCUCUUUACUUAUGUACAUUUCAGGGGUAAAUAUGAACUUAGUGUUAGCAGUUAGUAGUGACUUUGCAGAGUGAGUUUUUACAUGCAAAAGAUUGACUGAGCUCCUAAAACUGAAUGUACUGUUAGACUUGAAACUAGACAGGAGUAUGUGGAGUAAUUAGACCACCUACAAUAUUAAAUUACUCUCUAAUGGCUUGGGCACAUAUAGGACAUUUAGAAAUUUCUACUCAUUAAACACACGUGCAGCUAUUCUGUGUCAUUGUUACCAGGGAGAGUUCAGUGCAAUGCAACAACAAUGUAACACUGCAGAAGGAAUCAUUCUUUACAAUGAGUUUUGAUAUGUAAACAAAUUUUAAUGCAGAUACUCACUUUUGUUUGAAUAUAAAAUUAAAUAAAUCUAAUUUUAAUGGAUUAUUA